AUGAAGGAGAAAACGUGCUUCAAAUAUCACAAGAAAACAGGGACGGCGCCGGCCGUGCGGACGGACGCUCGGCUGCCGCGGACGCUGCUGCGCGCCGUGGGGGCGUGGUCGCCGCGCGGCCGCCCCUGGGCCAGGCGCCUGUACGCCGGCUACUCGGCCGCCGUCGCCGCGUCGCUGCUCGCCUUCGUGGCCAGCCAGCUGACCGCCAUGCUGCACUUCUGGGGAGACCUGCUCAGCGUCACCACCAACGCCUGCGUCACCUUCACCUACUCCCUGGCCGUCUUCAAGCUCGUCGCCUUCCUCCGGAUGCGCCGCUCCGUCGACUGCCUCGUAGCAGACCUCGACAGGUGCAUGCAACCUUCCACCACUAGUGACUCCCUGGCACCUUUCUCUGCGGCCUCGCAGCAGUACGGGCGGCAGCUGGAGGCCGAGAAGCGGGCGGUGUUCGCGGCGUGCGCGCGCCGCGGGCUGCGCGUCUCCGGCGCCCGCCUCGCCCUGGCCGCCGUCUUCUACGUCAGCUGGGUGGCGCAGCCCGCGCUCCGGGCCCGCGCCUGCCACACCGCCGCCUGCCGCAAGCAGGGCGGCUUCCCGGCGCUCAUCUGGCUACCCUUCGACUACGCCGAGCAGCCGGCCUACGAGAUGGUGUACACUGUGCUGUCACUGGGGCUGUUCUACGGCAGCCACGUGUCCACCGGCCUGGACGGAUUCUUCUGCACGCUCAUCAUCUACUUGGCGGGUCACCUGCGCUUCCUCAACAUGAUGCUCGCAAACACUUGCUCAGGCGUCGUUCGAGAGGAUGCGGUCAGCGGCUACAAGCGGAAGAAGGCGGAAGCGUCACUGGACCCGGACAACCAAAUGAGGUCUCGUCUUCGAGAGUGCAUCCGCUACCAUAACGACAUCGACAGGUGCGUGCAGCUCCUAAGUGGUAUGUUGGGACCCAUCCUGCUGGGACAGUUCAUCGUCAAUAUUAUCACUAUUAGCGCCACCGCUUUCAUCGCCAUAACGCUGAAAGCGGACUCUGCGUGGAUCUUCAAGUACGGCUCCUACCUGUUCGCCAUCGCAGUUCAGCUGUUGCUGUACUGCUGGUUCGGAAACGACAUCGUUACAGAGAGCGAGCGCCUGCAGAUGUCGGCGUACAGCAGCCAGUGGACGUCGGCGUCGCCGCGCUUCCGCAAGGAGCUGCGGCUGCUGCUGUGCCGCGCCCACCGGCCGCUCCGGCUCACCGCCAGCAAGUUCUACACCAUCUCCAGGGAGACCUUCCUCGCGCUGAUGAACGCUUCCUUCUCGUACUUCAUGGUGCUGAGGGAGUUGAACGCCGAAUAGUCGUCACUUCCAGAAAGACACUAGCGCCGCC